AUUCGACCAUUUGUGUUCCUGCACUCCUGCUGCACAGAGCCUUGAAAGCACAGAGUGUGAGCUGACAAGUGUGGUAUUUCUCAGGAAAACAGCAGAAAGUGUUCAAACAAGAGGAAGCAACCCAAGGUAAACUCCAGAGCACACACAAGGACACAUAAAAAGCUGAAAAUCCCAUCUCUUUCACUGCUCCAUUCUUUUACCUGUGGUUUGAAACUUUUGUCAUGGAAGUGCUAGAAGUCCCCAGCCUGCAGCCAGACACUGAGCAGCACAAGACCCUCACUGAGAUCUCUGACGAUGAGCUCAACCUUCCUCCCUCUGAUGAUGAGGAAGAGGCAACCACAGAGGCCAAAUCAAAGGAAGUUGUGGAGAAAGAGGAGGCAGAGGAAGGAGACAAAGGCAAUGGCCAGAUGAAUGGGGUGAUGAUCCUGGCUCUGCUGGAUAAGAUCAUUGGUAGAGUAGACCAGAUCCAGCAGACGCAGGCCGGCCUGGAGGCCCGGCAGCAAGAGAUGGAGCGCUCGGUCACUGGGAUUGAGGGGGAGCUCACCAAGUUAACCAAGAGUCACACUACCACAGCCAACUCGGUGAACAAGAUGUUAGAAAAAGUGCGCAAAGUGAGCGUGAAUGUGAAGACAGUGCGCAGUAACCUGGAGAAGCAGGGCAGCCAGAUAAAGCGGCUAGAGAGCAAUGAGAAUGAGCUUCUCAAGAGGAGAAACUUUAAAGUCAUGAUUUACCAGGAUGAGGUGAAACUUCCCUCUAAGACCACAGUGGCCAAGUCCCUGAAAGUGCCCCAGCCAGCAGAGGGUGAGGGCGAGCUGGAGCUCAAAGCUGCUAUGGAGGAGGGUGAAGAGGCUGGAGGAGAGAAGGCUCAUCUAGACCUGUCGUCUGAUGAAGAAGAAGUAGAGAUUGAGGAGACCAUUGAAGAGACCCGAGCAGAACGCAUCAAACGCAGCAGCCUUCAACGGGUUCAAAAUAUCAAAACAGUCUUCUCCAAGGAAAAGAUGGAGAAAACCAAACAAAAGACGAAGGAGAACCUUGAGAAAACCAAGCAAAAAACCAAAGAGAACUUGGAGAAGACACGAAUGAAGACCAAAGAAAACUUGGAAAAAACCAAGCAAAAGACCAAAGAGAACUUGGAGAAGACUAGGCAGAAGACACGGGAGAACCUGGAAAAGACACGCCACAACAUUGAGAAGAAAAUGGGCAAGCUCAGCACUCGUAUGUCUGUCAACCCAGAGCGUAAAGAGAAGCUGAAAAGCUCGCAGAAGAAGAUGGUGAAGUCUUUCACGCCUGAUCACACCAUUUAUGCUCGGUCAAAAACUGCUGUGUAUAAGGUACCACCAUUCACCUUUCAUGUGAAGAAAAUCCGUGAAGGGGAGGUGGAAAUCCAAGGCACAGAAAUGGUGGAAGUGGGUGGGGAAACAGAGGAAGUAGAGAAUGGAGUAAUGGAGGGAGGAGAGGAAGAAGAGAUGGAGAUGGAGGGAGGAGAGAUGGGAGAGAUGGAGGAGAGUGCUGAGAUGCUGGAGACAGGAGAAGAUUCGGAGCUGGUGCUUGCAGAGCAGGAUCAUGAUAGAGACAGUGACUAGAUGGCGUGUGUGUGUGUGUGUGUGUGUGUGUGUGUGUGUGUGUGUAAGGGGCGUAAGCUGGGAGACUGCUGUAUACUGCAGAUUCAGGUAUUAGAGGUUGUUCAUAGAUGUUCAUAUGAUUCAUAGGAAUCAUAGGUGUGGGUGUAUGAGUAUUUGUGUGUGUGUGUGUGUGUGUGUGUGUGUGUGUGUGUGUGCAUGUGUAUGUGUGUGUGUCUGUGUCUGUGUCCAUGAAGAAAAGAUGAGAGGAAGAAAAGAUGAGAAGUCUCACCAUGGUUGUAGACAAGUUAAAGUCUCAUUUCAAAUGAUUGUUGACAGUACAAGGUUUGGCCUAUAUACUAGUUUAGGUAAGCUGAUUGCUCAGCUAAUUUGCAGCAAGUUUGGGGUAAGGACUCAGUGAAAUGGCAACAAGUUCGUUAAGAAGUGUAAGCCAAAACAUAAGGAUCAUGACAUUUGUAAAAAUAUGUUUAAAGAAAAACAUUCAUUGUUAAUUAAUGUACUAACAACACACAUACUUAUCUACAGCUAGUCUAGUUAGCAAACACUGUUUGACUUAAUAUACGAACAUGUUUCACUUAUGCAAGAGAGGAAAACCAACAAAUUCUUCUAAUAUUUUGCGUAUAUUCAUAUCAGAAAUUUCUGUUUAAUAUUAUUUCUUUAUUUUUGGAGACACAGUUACUGCAUUCUUUUGUUACACUGAAAUUUUGUUAUGUUUUAUUAAUCUAUAUCAAUCUACAUGUUACAUUAAUGAUUUUAACCACCAGCCCCAUGUGGCUGCUUGGCACAUUUCUAUUAGAGCAAUCAUCACCACAGCACUAUGAUCUCCUAACAAUACAAAUCCCACAAACACAACAAUAUGAAUUUUAAAGUCUUGAUGACUCUUAGUAAAGACAUUCUGUUGGUCUUGGUGCCUAUUCCUAUCUGUGUUAUAACUGAGACUGAUAUUAAAAAUUUUUUUACAAAGAGUUGGCUGAGGACUAGAAUAUUUGAGGAAAAAAAUAGACAUUAAUUUAAUUUAAGUGUUGGAUUUAUGUUAAAACCAGGGUGUCUUCAGUGGGAAAAUUUAAUAGUAUUUCAAAAUAUUGUAAACUGAAGAACAAAAAAUAUAUCUGUGUCCUUUCCAUUUUUAAAAGAAGUUUCUACAUAAUUUCUACUUCUUCUAAUGUUACCAUUAUCUAUUGAUGAAGCACUUAUGUAUUUUGUGUAUUUCUCACAAAAAUAGUCUGUUUACUUACUACGGUUCAUCAACUUGAUGUUUUUUCUGAUGAGGUAAAAAGGUAAAUUUGGGGAAAAUAUAUGGGAAAAUUUAAGGGGAAUAAAAAAAAAGCUAUUUGCUUUUGAAAAUGUAGUGAUAUAAAAAGUGAAGCUGACAAACAUUUGUACUUCAAUAAAGUAGAAGUAUUACCAAAAUGUACUUAAGCAUGAUAUGCAUAAAUAGUAUUUCUAUUUUAUUUUAUACACCACUGCUGCCAAUAUACAGUAACAGUAAGUCUCUGUUCCAGUCAUGUGGACAACAUGCACUACUUAUUUUAAUCCCUAUUUAGGUGCUGAGUCUGGAGUAUUAGAGCACAAACAAAAUGUGCAUUGCAUGGAGUUCCACAGGACUGUGAACGUGUACCACUGCAUUAUGGAGAACAUUUUGUAAUUUUAAUCUUUGAAAGCAUCACCAAGCCACCUUUAUCUUUUAUUUCUGUUAAUUAGUCACCAUUCAUCUUUCCUAGUUGCCAAAUACCGUAUUUACCUUUUCACAUUUUAGAUGUGCACAUUUUACUUUGUUUAGUCUAUAUUUUGCUUUGCAACUGAUAUGUAUGUAUCUCAGAAUGUCUCACUGCAUACUAAUAUGUUAAUAAAAGCAGACUCAUUCACAUUCA